AUGGCGACCCUUCCAGCACCAUCCGCGGGAAGUACGGCACAGGCUGCCGUACAACCAGCUGAUGAGGACGAUCGCUUCGCCUCGCCGCCUGGACUAUGGCUUCCAAGAAUGGUGGUCAAGGAGCACCGCCAGAAGGCCACGAUCAUCUGGAUAGGCCUCCUGGUGGGCUUCCUGGCUUACGUUGGGUACAUCAUAUGGGAGACUGUUGAGUCUCGAAAGGACCCCGCUUCGAGCAUCGAGCUCAAGCAAGAGCACUAUACGUUCCCUGAUGUGGCGCUCUGCACCACGUUCGGGAAGGGGUGCCUCGACUACGACAACGAUUGCUUCGAGGACCUCAGUUUUACUUCUAUGUUCAACCAAACGGGUUUUCUCGACUACGACCAGAACUUCACCGACGACUUCGCGUACGUGAGCGAGCCUUUCGAGGAGGUGUAUCCCAACUGCAAGUUUGUUCCUUUGUCCAUGAUGACGGUGGACGAGACCGGAGUCAAGAACGGAAGCGUCACCUCCUUUUCGACGGCUUUCUACGUCUUGUGGGACGAAAAGGAUACCUUCUACGACCAUUCCUACUACCUCAUCAACAGGCAGUUCCUCGAUAUGUACCUCAUCCCGCCUGACUCCAGCAUAGAGUCGUUCACGAGCGCGAGCGUAGACGCCAAGGUGCCAUACUCGCGGCUGAACUUGACGACCGACACCGCCUUCGAGGCGACAAUAAACCAUAUGGUGCUGGGCGUCACGGAGUUUACGGGGAUCAACGAGAACGGCAACAAAAAGGAGAAACAGCGAUCGUUCUCCCAGGCAACGAUUACGGGUGUCGAACACUGGUGGUGGGGCGCCGAAGACUACGACAGCGUCGAAUUCGGGUUCUUCAUGGUGGAAUUGUCCAUCGGAAAGUUCGAGUUCACCUCCAUCGAGGAGGUCGAUCCUGUGGAUGGGUGGUCAAUCAUCGGGGCCAUUGGAGGAAUCUGGCAGUUCGUGGUGACCGGCUUCGGGCUGUUCUUUGUUUUCUCCGAAAAGCAAUCGCCCGACCGGAAGAUGCGCAACUUCAGAAAAUCCAUCGGGAAACCAGCCGAAUUCGCCAACAAACGCCUGUCCAUUCUCAACACCAGCUCCCGGUCAUCGAAUCAGGAUGUCGAGAUCGAUGCGUCGGAGGAAGACUUGCCCGUGGAAUGGGUCAAGAAACAGCGGCCUAACGGGAGCAUAUACUACUUCAAUGUCAUGACUGGAGCCAAGCAGACCGCGUCGCCUAACCACCUGGAUAACGCCGGUGGCUCUGCUCCGCCACCAUCCAACUCUGCAUUGGGCCGCAUUUUCCAGGGCAACCGGUCAGCACGCCCAAACAGCGGGCCAUUACCUGCAGGUUGGAUAGAGGGCACCGACGGCGACGGGAAAAAAUACUACUUGGACACGAUCAACAAGACCACUCAGUGGGAGCGACCAUUGCAACGGGAACAUUCCUCCGGCGGUCCCGACAGACGGCCACAGGCUGUCGACGCACCGAUGUCACAGUCACGCCGGUAUUCGCACGCUUCCUCGGACAAUUCUCACCACUCCGCUUCAUCCCAGGCUCCCCACCACCGUCCCAGCUUGGCUGCUGCUAGUGCUGCAUCUGGCGUUGAGGGCAAUCCUCCUGCUGGCGGCGCGCCGGCGCCCUCGCGGGGUGCUAUUCCCGCCGCGCCUUCAUACCGCACGGCGGUGUACCUGUCCAACAGGUCGUCAACGGCAGCGGCAUCCGAGGGUGGAGGCACAACGCACCCGCAGCAGCAGUGGCCGGCUCCUGCUGGAACCACGUCGACGGACUCGAGGGCUGGAGCUCGCAGUGCUGCCUCCCACGUUGACGCGCCUCUCCCUCAGAACUGGAGCAAGCGUACCGCGCCCGACAACAGGACAUACUACGUCAACAGCGUCACCAAAAAGACUCAGUGGGAGGCUCCCCUUUACUAAUUCCCGCACCGGUCGACUUGGCGUGAGAUCACCUAGGAGGCAUGUGCCACGGUUCCGGCGACCUCUGCGUCCCCACAAAGCUGCCUCUCGCGGGGACAUCAGAUUCAACGCGUCCGCCGUCUAUAAGCAGCGACAGGUGCCGUUUCGUACCGUUAGAUUUCCGUCGUUUUUUUUCGGCGUCUUCGAUGGGAGCGGGAUGCAGGAAGCUUGCAUCACUACCGCGUUUGUAGGGUACCACCCCCAGAAGUGACUGGAGGAAUGCUGCCAUACGUCUGCGCUCCAUUGAUGGCUGUACUAUUUCGAACGAAGACGUGCCCGCUGCCGAGCCUCCUCGCCUGC